AUGUCAGGGUCAGGUUCAGCCCAAUCCUCGGAUGAGACAUUUUCGAUAACAUCAGAAUAUCAAAAGGAAACAAAUGAAGCUGUAGCCUCAAUAAUCAACCUUCACCAAGGCCAAAAUGAUAAUGACACUAUGGAAACAAAUACAGAUAACCCUCUUAAGAGAAAGCAAUCUUUAGAGUCAGUCACAGAAAGUUUACCCCCAGGUGAUAACAGGUACAAAAAACAAAAUACUAGACGUAAAAGACAAUAUAAUCUAACCAAUGAAGGACCUUUUGAGGUCAUUGUACAAAGCAGGGAUAAAAACAAAAUCAACCCUUUUGCUGUUGGAAAAAUUAUAAAAAAUAACCAUGAAAAAAUUGAUUUCAUAAAGCGAGCUGGAAAGAAUGUCGUAGUUACUUGCAAAGAUGCACAUUCAGCCAACCAGUUGGUAGACUCCCCCCACCUAGUACACUAUAAUGUUUUCAUACCUGCCUCCCGGGUUGAGGUAACCGGAGUAAUAUUUGUUGAGCCUGAUAUUAAUGAAGACGAACUUAUAAAUGAGGGCAAUUGUGUCUAUCACAUAGUACAUGCCAAGCGUAUCACCAGGUACAUAAACAGGGAAGUAAUCAACACUAACUUCAUGAUGAUAACUUUUGAUUCCGACAAACUCCCGGAGUACAUUUAUCUAAAUUAUGUAAGAAUGCCUGUAAAACAAUACAUGAGGCCUAUUAGGCAAUGUUACAACUGUUUCCGCUAUGGGCAUGUUGCCAAAUCUCCAUGCGACAAAACCAAAACUUGCCGAGACUGUAGUCAAGAGUAUCACGAGGGACCUUGUACUACAUCGAUUAAAUGUGCCAACUGCGAGGGACCCCACCCAAGCAACAGUAAAACUUGUCCAGAGUACAUAAGACAAAAAAAGAUAAACGAAAGAAUGAAUGACUACAAGGAAGAUUACUACACUGCAAGUCAAAAUGUAUCGAAGCUGAACAACAGCAACAAAUCACUCCUGUCUGAUAGGCCUAGAGCCACAUAUGCUGAAAAGGCUGGACUCCACAGUCAACAAAUCAUGAGCCCAACGUCAUCUCAAUACCAAUACAGUGAAACAAGUACAGACAAUAAAUAUCUUCCUCUACAAGAUGAAUAUGAACACGAUAUCAGCCCAAAUAGCCUACCAGUUCCCUACAAUACCAAGCCCAAAUCAACUCCAACCCCUCGCAAUCUGCAAGAUCACACUUACCAUAAAGCGCCUAGGGCUAGAACCCAAAACAGCUCACCGACAACCCCACCCCCCGUUUCAAACACCCCCCAGCAACAUUCCUUUUCUGGCGGCAGCAAUAUAGCCAAUAUGGUUUUAGAAAAAGGAGGGGAUGUGGAGACUAUCUAA